CAAAAGUUGAGAGUUGGCCAACCGGAUGCUUCUCCUGUAGAGUACGCAUUGUCAAUCUGUUGCUCUCCAUAUAAAUGCACACAUUCAACUCAGUUGUCAGUUGCAUAUUUCUCCUCUACGAAAUCAACGUACCCGUUCUGACGCGGCCUUAUGCGAUUGGGCCUUUUACUCUUUUUUGUGUUACUCAACAAACGAAAGAGAAUAAUCGCAGAUCUCUGGUGCACAAUUUGAGUCCGUCAUAGACCUACUGCUUCGCUUUGUCACACUGUAAACGCAUUAACCCAUCACUCAUUUGGUGAGAGUCAUUUGGUUGUGGUCGUGUCCAUCCCAGUUUUGUCGCCGCUUUCUAAUAAGUCGGUUGUUUUGUAAUUUUAAUGCGGAGUGAAAAGCUAUAACUUAAAGAUCUGUAAACAAAAAGUACACUGAAACAAAAAUUAUUACUAAUUUCAAACACACACAUACAUAUGUAUAAACAUGCUUCAACACGAAGAAACAGAAAAAACAACGAUGAAAGUGCCACCGGCAUAUAUCAAUGCGAAUUAUAUACGACAAGCACUGGAAUGUAACAUGUAUUAUGAUAAGCCUGUUAAUGUAUUGGAAUGUAUUUUCCAAUGCAUCACCGAGGAAGAUUCAAAGAAUCGUAGUGAUAUCUAUAGAGCUCAUGUGCAAUUCGAAGAAUAUCGAUCUGGUCAUCCUGAGAUAUAUAAUACAACGCUCAUAGUGAAAGAUGUGAUAAGGGAUGCUGCCACAAAGGCGACUACAAAUGAAUUGGUAAUGUUCCAACAUGUUUUGCCGAGUAUGAAGCGUAUACUGUCAGGUAUCUCGGAUUACCGGUAUGGAACUGAUAACUAUGUUCCUAAAAAAAGGGGUCUCAAACUAUUUGCAGAUUGCUUAUUUUGCGAACGUGGUAAACGUGAAAUCUUCGUAAUGGAAGAUUUACAGGCACUCGACUAUGGCCCCCUUGAACCGCGCUAUGGAUUAGAUUUGGAAAAUUCAAAACUAGUUAUGAGUAAACUUGCAGAUCUCCAUGCAGCGUCCAUGCGGUAUAUGAAGGAGUUUCCAAAUAUGGUAGCAACAUUGCAGCCAUCACCGCUCUCCAACGGCAUUAGUCCGACUAGCCGACAGGCGGUUACAGCGUUCGAAGGCAUGCGCACCGCUAUUAAGAUGGUUGAACAGUGGGCAGGAUUUGAUGGUAUCUCAGCAUCUAUGCGCAUAUGGAUGGAAAAUUUCAAUGAGCGUUUAACGCAGGUGCUGAGAAGCCGACUUUGUCGUUUCAAUGUUAUUAACCAUGGUGAACUCUGCACAAAAAAUAUACUCAUUCGGUUAGGAGUUCAAGAUAGCUCUGAUCCAAACAUUGUUAUCGUGCCUAAGGAUGCUGUAUUUCUGGAUUUUCAAUCGUCCUUUGUGGGCAGUUGUGGUUACGAUUUAAAUGUCUUCCUCUACACCAGCGUCAGCGUGGAAGUUUUGAAAUUACAUCGUCAAGAGCUGCUACGUCACUAUUACGAUCGCUUAAAGGAAACUUUAAAGGGUUUAAAAUUCCAAGAGCCUGAAUUACCCACUUGGCAGACAUUGCUAGAUGAAGUGUACGAUCUCGAAUUCAUUGGUUAUUAUGCUUUGCUGUGUUUGUUGCCAUUAAGUUGCAUGGAUGGUGUAGCUUCCACUGAGGGGCGUGAGAGACAACACAAAUUGAUGUAUGAAAAUCAGAGAGUACAGGAAAUGCUUCGUUAUGGCUUGACGCGCUUAGCUCAGUUGGGUGUGUUAGACUGCAUAACUAGUGAAACGGAUUAUCCACCGAGUUGAUGAUGUAUAAUAUGUAUGUAUGUACAUAUGUAUGUAGUUUAAAUAAAAAGACAACAACUGGUGAUAUUAUACUAAAAA